GUUGUAGAGGUUUUGGCUCAGAGGAUCAUCAGCCUUCUCCAGCUGAAGCAGCCGCCCCUUUCUCUGCCACAAACGCCACACACUGUUUGUUCCUACAGUGUGUUGACUGCAGAUGAGUCUUCCUCUUCAGGGGAAACGACAGAAAACUUAGGGUUGGGAGCGUCGGGAGAGCACCCGCUUGGAUUAUGUGAUCAUUGUUUACGCAGGGAUCAUUGAUAAGAAGCCACUAAAGAAAUAUGUACCUGGCAUUAGACAUUUAUACAUUCCUAUAGAGCGGCGGGGAUGCAGGGGAGACGCUGCAGCGGCAAACAUCUCUUGCCCUGAACCGGAGGAGUCAUCGGCAAACGAUGCCCCGAUGUGAGAGAGCCUCCACUAGAGACGAGGGAGGAUGAGGACUCGGGGAGAGGAAUCGUGCGCGGUAGAGGGGGGAUAUAAUGAAGUUGAGUGGGAAAGGUCUGUGCACCGUCUUCUCCGGCACCAUCCUCUUCGUGUGCGCCCUGUGCGAAGUUGUCGUUGGAUUAAGGUGUAUCUCACUGGGAUCUGCGAUGAAAGCGCAUUUCCACCUCGGCACCGUGGCCGGGGCUUUCUACUCCGGGCUACUUGUGGGAAUCGGGCAGGUCUUGUUGGGGUCCGCACUGGUCUGUUGCAGGGAGAAGCCCGGCAGCAGGAAUUUCUUUCUCCUCGGUGUUGUCGUCUUCUUGUUGGGGGUGCUCACCGCCUUCUCUGGUGCGGUUGUGGACGGGGACACGGCUUCUCUGGUCGGGAGGAAAUACUCCCAUUACUGCUUCCACACAGUUGUUGUAAACCCAGCCUGCGAGAAACUAUUGGAUUACCAGCGGACUUUGGUCAUCUCCACUGUUCUUAGCACCUUAGAGUGCGUCCUCGGGCUCAUCAACCUCGUGGUCAUCAAAAGGUACAAACGGGCGCAGUUAAGGAGCCUACAGUCUCAGAGGCAGCGCGCUGGCGCGAUCAUUUUCAGUGAGGAGCGGGACUGCUCCACCGUGGAUUUCCAGCCUGUGUCUUACAUCAAUUUGGGUGUCUUUGGUGUGUUUGACGAGACAGGGGCAGAGGUGCAGUGUGGGGGGCACCCGUCAAGCGAGCUGCCUGGAUACUCACCCACGGACCCACAACUCAAUCACAGCUUCCCUUUCUCUUACCCGCUCCCUACAGAACUGCCGCCCGCAUAUGAUGACAUUUUCCCGCUGAGGCAUGCAACACAUAUCCCCCCUGGAGCAGCCUCUGGCAGCAACACCCCAGCCCCGACAAUCAAUUACUUUUACUCUGCUCGUCUUUCACAACCCGAUCCAAACCAGUAGCCCAAGUUGAUUUAAGGAUGACAGCAGUGGAGCUAUCUGAAAUGAUCCCAUCCUUCCUCACUCUGCUAGGUUAUGUCGCACCUGUAGUGGCUUCACAUAUCUCAUCUCUAGUCAGACUCAUAUAUGGACAGAUUAAAGGCAGCCUACUGUUCAAUACAGUGCAGACAGGUAGGCUAUAUAUAAGGCUAAGCAGCAGCUUUCUGGGUAUAGCCAAACACAGGUAGAGCUUGUGACUUGAAUGUUUGCUGUCAACAUUUUUACUGGUUAAUAAAAAGCGUAUUUAUCCUCAUCACAUGUCACACUGCUAUAGUCUGCCGGAGCUUUCUGGGGCCUGCUGUGGUCAGUUCAAACUACCAUUUCAACCUCUUGUAAAUAUUGUGUUGCUGCUGGUACGUCGACAUUACCCUUCACUUUAUAUAUAUCGUUCUGAGUUGGCAAUAUAAGCGGUUAUUUUCCAGUCCAUCCCCCUCAAAAACGCCUUUGGUCUGCAGUUUAAAGGUAAGCUCCAAAGUCAAGGAGACAAUUAUUCCCAUAAUACAUUAAGCCUGCGUCAUAAUAGGCCUAUUUAGCCUGCUGGUAAUAUAAAACCAUGCAAUUUCUUAACCUCCUAUAUAAGGUUUGACCUGACUGUGGUAACAUAGUGUUUUUUUUCUUUGCUUUGGUGUCACAGCUUUAAUGGACGGGGGACAAUUAACCUGAUUACUUCACGACUUUACCAUGACAGAUUAACAUGCUUGGGGAUAAUGUAUGAUCUAUAAAUCUGCUAUACAAAUGGAAAAAUGGAGGAGUGGAAAAAGUGAAGGUAGACUGCAGUAUCAGCUUCAGUGAGCUUUUUGCAUUAAUGUUGCGUCUGUUUGGGGGAUUUUAUUCUUAAUCUGCGUACAAUUGAAGAUAGAUCAGCUACAUAAAGUUAGUCUAUCCCAAAUCACCAGAUAGAAUCACUCAGGGAACAAAAAAGUGCUGCUUCUAUUCAUACUGAUAAUGCACAGAGCUUGUCCCACUUUAAAAAAUGUAGAUAGUAAACCAAAGUAAAAUAUUGUGAGACAAUAAAUGGCUUUAAGACAGGCCUAAUUUGGUUUUAUUGAGCUGCUUAUCAAUACAACUCUUGGAGACAUAAUGAGGUGUUAACAAACUUAAAAUGAGACAUGGUAUUAACUUUAAACUGCAGGUGGUACUGAGAACCCCUGUUUUAUCCCUAGUGCGUCACAGUGUGGUUCAUAUUCAGUGUUAAAUGACUAAAGAUGAUUCAAUUUUUAUAUUUCAGAUAUUUUCUAGUUUAAGUGUGUUUGUUUUGUCUUGCAAAAUAAAUUUAGCACACUCAGUACACAAGAGGGGUCAUAGGUUCAAACUGAACAGGAAGUUAUCACAAAGUUUACAAGUGAAUAUAUUGCUGAUGGUAUUUUUGCACUGAUAAAAUUGUUUAUUUUCAUUGGGUCAUCAUGAGGCCAAGUUGAUGUCCCUGAGUGUAUCAAGCAUGUAAACAGUGUUUUGAAGGAAAAUCAAACUUAAAAUAAUAACAUUUCAGCAAAGAAAAAAAAAAACAAUCUAUAUGACAUCAUCAGAUACUAUUUUGUGUGACUUAUAUUGUCUUUUCUCAAGCUAGUUACUGUAUCAUUAUUUUCCUCCCGGAAAUGGGUUAUAAACAAAUAAGUGAAGACAAAACAGCGAAGAAUUACACUAAAGGUAAUACUUUGUAUUCCUGUAUUUGGGACACACUUAAAUACGUCAUGUAGUGGGGCAGUCGUGAAAUGAAUGUUGGUGCAAGCUAUAGCAACUGCAAAUGCAUUUGCCAGAGAUUAGUAUGGAAGAAUUAAUGCGGCAUAUGAAAAUAAAAGUUAUUUUUAAAAGCGCUGAUUUACAACAAAUAUCAUCUGGAGAUGCUUCAGAAAAGAGCUGGUAUAGAAAGUACUAUUCUUGAUAUUAAGAGGGAGACCCAACAUAAAGAUGAGAUCAGAUUGAGUCCUGUCUUGUAAGAUCAGACACACUCUGAUCCACCUUAAACUACCAUGAUGUAACACCUCAAACAGAACUCAUGUGAACUAGUCAUCUCCUGAGACUGCGUUGGGGUUAGAGAGAGGAUAGAGGGAGAUGUGCGGAGAGACAAGUAAGAACGAGUAUGUGUACGACUUACAGGAACAGCAUGUUAAUGAUCAUAGGCUGCUCUUUGUUUGAUUUAUGGAAAAUUAAAGUCAACAGGUCUAUAGUAAGAGCACAGCAGUAAUAGCAUCUGUAAUGAUGAAGUUUAGGCAUUGAGUUAUUUUGUCAUCAAUUUAUUCAUUCAUUUGUUUGUUUGCAUUAUUUUCUGUGCUUGAAAUGUCUAAAAAACUCAUAUUAUCUAACGUUGUUGACAACAAGGCUGUAAAAACAUCAGCUCCACCAGAAGUGAUAAAAUCUCAUACUGCACUCACCCUUGUGAGUGAUUUAGUUCCUGAAGCUGACAGCAGCUGCAGUAGUGAAUAUCCUACAAUAAAAUGAUAAAUGUAAUCUGCAUGGAUCAAAUUACAUAAACCUGAAUUUAUGUUGUCUAAACUGGAUCCUGCUCUCCAACUAUCUACAUUCAAGUUUAUUUUACAAAUUAACGCUAAGAUUUUAUGACAGCCUUUUCCUUUUGUCCUUAGUUAUUAAUAGCAGCUAUAUCAAGCUGCUGCAUGAGAGUAGACGGGUGAAGUACUUUGCAGUCUGGUAACAUUUUACUGUGAUCUUUCUCUUUAGCUGUAAAAGAACAAAAAAGUUAUGAGAGAACUUUAUCACCAGUUCUGGAUAAAGACUAUCGUUUUUCUUUACAAAAAUUUGUUCUACUGCGGGAUAUAAUAUAUAUUCUUCAAAUAAGUAAUGGUUGGUGGUUGCACCUUUAGAAAUAGUAGAAAAAUGAACUUUAAACUUCGCAGGUGUUCUGUUCGGGGUAUGUGUCUUGGAAGUGCACCUCUCCAUGCUAGCUCUAACAUCCUAUCUACUCACCAAACCAGGAAAACAAUAAAACAGAGGGCGAGACAAGUAUGUGGGGAAGUUUCAGGAAGGCUGAGCCUGGGCAAGAAGCCUGUUUGGGUUGGAGCUCAUCCCCACCAGGUUUGGCUGAGUGCUCCAUCACUUACUUCUCCCACUUAAGAAAGAGAAAAGUGAGAAAAACAGGUUUUUCUCACUUAUGUUCCGACCCUCAACUGACAUGAUUUCUCCUCAUUCAGAUCCACAACCUUUUUUUUCAAGCUGUAUGAAAUUUCCUUCUCUAUCUUUCAUUAAACUACUAUCAUAAAUCUG